CGCGACGAUUCAACGAGGACGAAUACCACUACGCGCCACCUCGAGACCAUACCGACACCGAAUAGACACUGUCGAACAAUUGACGAUUUUCACGAAGGCCUCAUACCAUCUCACACAUCCAUACAUCAUAUUGCACAAUGGCAGCGGUCGCCCCUCCCCGUGGCCUCGUGCCAAACGCAUCACUACCCGCCAAAGUUGCGACUGUUGCUCCGAACCAGACGCUCUAUGUCACAAAUCUCCCGUCGAACAAGAUACAAAAAGCCGACUUGCGAACCGAACUCUACUUGCUGUUCUCCACAUACGGCCCCGUUCUCGACAUCGUCGCCAUGAAGACCAUGAAGAUGCGAGGACAAGCCCACAUCACCUUCCGCGAUAUCCAGACAGCGACCCAGGCCAUGCGCUCCCUUGAAGGCUUUGAGUUCCUCGGUCGGCCUCUGAACGUCCAGUACGCAAAGUCCAAGUCCGACUUCGUCGCCAAAUUAGACGGCACAUACAAGAUGCCAAACUCGACAGCAGGAGCCUCCAGCACCGAAGUGACGGAUCUUCAGAAGAGCAUCUUCAACGCUCCCGCACCUGGUGCCGCAUCAGCGGCAGCCACGGGGGCCACCACGGCGAAGCCGGCAGCCGGGGGUGAUCAAACCAUGGUUGACGCGCAGACGGCUGAUGCAAGAGGACAGAAGCGGACCAGAGACGAGGAAGAAGACGAGGACAGCGAUGUUGCCAUGGAGGAGGACAGCGACGACGAUUGAGGAUUUCAGCCUUGCAUUUCAGUUCAGACAGGGCGAGAGAAGGCAGGAAGGUCCCGGCGGCGGUGAGCUUCAGCCGGUUGAAUCCAGGGCCAUCUCUUUGGGCACCCAGAGCCCGACGCAUCCGCCAACCAGGCCGAGCCAUAGCAUCAUGUACUGCUCCUUGGAACAGGUGAAACCCGACAUGGCGUCACCGAGGAGGCAUGGAUGGAUGAAGAAUGACGGUAAUCCCGUAAGGGGGUGGUGCUGCGACCUCGAUUGUUAGUACAGACCUACAGACGGUCUCUUUCAGAAGAUUUAAUUGACUGGUCCGCAGCUGAUGCACACUUACGUCGCCGGAGAUUCCUCCAAUUCCGCUGGACCGUCGGAGAGCAUCCUUGAACUGAUCGGGCACGAGUCUUCGAAAGACAGUGUCAAGGUUGAAUGCAGGCUCGUCGGCUGGCAGUCCGUGUAAUGUGAACCAUAGGCAAGGCAUCCGAUAUGUGGGAUGCCAGUGCACUUCGUAGACGACGUGACCGGAGUCAGGAACGUGUGACUUGGAGAGCGCCGCCUGCCGUAUGUUAGUGAACAUAAGCAGCGUGUCGAAUAAGAAGAGCCUGGGACAUUACCUCGUCGGAUUCUUCAGCAUCAAUCAUGGCCUCAUCACCCAGUCCUAGAGCAUCCUUUUCCGAAGCACCAUCGCCAAAUGAGAAAUUAUCCAGAACGGAUGAGAGAUCGCCGCAGUCCAAAGUAGCCUCGAGUGGCCGGAUAAUUUGCAAAUAAGUAGUGUAUUCAACGCCCGAGGCGAAUGAUGUAUCAAGUGCCGUGCAUACCCUCAUUUUCCAACGCCGUCGCAUCGGGCCCAAGGUAGCACGGCAAUACUGACUAUCGAAAUGAUGGCAUAUUUCGGAAAACUCCUCAGGAGUCAAGAAUGGGAAGUCCCUAAACGACAUUUUUAACGUAGACAAUGCGUGCCCUUCAGAGGUGAAUUUGUGUUUCCCUUGUUCGCGUGAAAUAGGUCCAAACACCGCUGAGAACUCGAUUGGUGAGGAUGCAACGUCGACUGUAGAGGAAUGAUCAGUCGUGGCACUAGAGGGCAGACUCGACUCUCGGUUGGCUCACACGUAUAAUGUGAACAUGGACCGAGUCGAUUUCGGGGUUCUCGAUGCGGCAGACGUCUAUUUCCCCGGGCCGUAUCCCCUUUGAAGUUGAAAUGCUCGGAUGCAGGCCACCGACUGUACGACGAGUUGGGUGUCGGUUGUGCCCUUGACAGCCCCACUGGCCUCAAGGUACAGAUACCCAAUCUUUAAGUCGGCUACUUCGUCCCGGUACGUAUCUAAUAGUGGUAGCACUUUGCAACUUGAAUGGGAGACCGUCCAUGCCUGAAAGUCUUUCUUCGUCACUUGUCUGUAUAUCAAAGGCUCCUACCUUAGAUUGAUCCCUUCUGUGCUGCCUAC